AUGCGAUAUUCUACUCCUACACUAAAGUUAAGUUACGAUAAUCUGCCUGCACAUUUGAAGCAGUGUUUCUCUUAUUGCUCGGUAUUUCCGAAGGAUUGGAAGAUAGAAAAAGAAACUCUUAUUCGUUUAUGGAUAGCAGAAGGAUCCCUGCAAUCAUCGGAUGAACAAAAGGAAAAAUCAAUGGAAGAUAUUGGGAAUGACUAUUUCAGCAUUUUAUUGUCAAAUUCAUUCUUCCAAGAUUUUGAGAAGGGUGAAUUUGGUGAUAUCCAGACGUGCAAGAUGCAUGAUCUUAUUCACGACCUUGCACAGAUUGUUGUUGGGAAACAUGAAUGCUCGUCUUUGAAGGCUAAUGAGAUGGAACAUAUUUCUAACAUCCACUGUUUAGCAUAUGUUGCUGUUGAUGGAUCUUUAGAAUCAUUUUGUGAUGCCCUGAGUAAUGGAAAGAAAUUGCACAGUGUUGUUACAAUACAAGGUCCAGGUACAGAUUUGAAUCCUCAAAGCUUCUUUUUUGGUGCUAAGAAUUUGCGGGUAUUAGAUAUGAGUGCGUUCAGAAACAUGACAGUACCAACUUCUUCGAUGUCUAACUUGAGACAUUUACGGUAUCUAGAUCUUUCAUAUUGCGAGAUUAGCAGUGCUUUGAAUGAUAUCUGCAGUCUUUAUUGGACGACCAAAGGGAGUCCCUAUUGUAAGAUAAUUUCUUAUGUGAUAAUUAUCUCUACUGCGCCCAUGUGA